GUGGCAAAUGGCCAAAAGCAGUACGUGCCAAUGGUCAUCUUUUGCUAAACUCUGAAAAGAUGUCCAAAUCCACUGGCAACUUUCUCACUUUGAGUCAAGCCAUUGCCAAGUUUUCAGCAGAUGGAAUGCGUUUAACUCUGGCUGAUGCUGGGGAUACGGUAGAGGAUGCUAACUUUGUCGAGGCCAUGGCAGAUGCAGGAAUAUUGCGUCUCUUUACAUGGGUGGAAUGGGUGAAAGAGAUGAUCGCCAAUCAGAACAACCUGAGGACCGGACCAGUGGACACGUUUAAUGACAGAGUAUUUAUUAGGUAA